GAGGCGAAGUAAUGCUGGUUGAAAAGAUAUACUUGGUGCGUGUUUUAAUUGUUGUUAUUAUUAUUAUUACUGGUAUUGUUAUUAUAUACAUUCUCUCUCUCUCUCUCUCUCUCUCUCUCAGUCCCAUGCUAUUUAAUACUCUGAUUAAUGCUCUCCUAAAUGCUCUACCUGCCUCACCUAAACUUAUAGCUAUAAGCUAUGCUGAUCAUAUCAUGAUCCAUACAACAGGGCAUAAGAAGAUGAAUACCAUUUUUAAUGAAGUUCAAGCAAUUUGUAAUCGACUAGGCCUCAUAAUAUCUUCCUCUAAAACAAAGAUAUUAACAAGCAAACGACAUCCCCCACCCAUCUAUUUGCAGGGUGAAAUCAUUAGCUACGUUAAAACUUACAGAUAUCUUGGUGUAGAUGUACCCUUUAACAAAUCCACUAUACCACAACUAAACAAGAAAUGCAAAGCUAGGCUAAAUGCUCUCAAAGCUGUUGCUGGCUACAACCCCAACUAUGGUGCUAAUGUGAGAAUCGUGAGAAUGAUGUACAUAGCCUAUGUUAGGUCCUUAAUUGAUUAUGCUGCUCCCAUGUUGAUAUUAGCUAGAGAAAGUUCUCUCCGACCCUUGGAGUUAAUGCAAAAUGAAGCUCUCAGGAUUAUUCUUGGCUGUCCCAGAUCUACAAAAGUUCUUAACAUGAGGAAGGAGCUUGGUAUUUCUAGUAUCAGUGAUAGGAUUGUUGAAAUUAACACUGUACUCGGUAUUAGAAUGUUGAGAAACGAACCAGACACUGUCACAAUGAAUCUUACCAAGUGUCUAGAGGUAAAUACACACAGAUCUAAAUGGAUUGUGAAAACGUGCAAUUGCAUUAAGUUUUAUAACCUGCAUGAACUGUAUCACUGUAGGCAACAAGAGCAUUUCACCCCUCCGUGGAAGAUGUGUUCAUUUAAUAUCACAUACCUACAAGUCCCUCCCAAGAAGCUCAUUGCUAGUAAUCCCUUAAAUCUCUUGUUAGAGCAACUGCUCAAGAAGAAAUUUCUCGCCUAGCUGGUAGUAAUAAGUUAUGCGAGUACGUAAGGAUAUGCAACGGUGGUGGGGGGGUAGGGAUUUAAUAGUUGGUGAGGCCAUGUUGAGGUUAUUAAUGACAGUGAGGGAUCCGUCGUGUGUUAAAUUGCGGGUCCUCGAAGGAGUGGAAGGUAGGUCAGUGGUGGCUGCUGUUGAAGGGGCAUACCCUAUGUAUGCGUGGAACGAAAUAUGGACGCGUCUAAAACAAUUACGUGCAAAACCGGGUGUUCGGGAGGUAAUGUUUAGAUUUUUACAUGGGAUUUUGCCGUCUGGGGUUGUCCUAUUCAAUAGGAGGAUAAGGGAGGGAGGGGAAUGUAGAGCGUGUGGAAGCAUGGAGACAAUUUUGCAUGCGGUAUAUUUUUGUGACUGUAUAGAAGUGGUGCGGGUCUGGUUAGGAAAGGUGUUCAGGUUAGUGGGUGGGGGAGGGUUGCAGGUGUUGCGGGCUUUAAGUUUGGAUAUAGGUGGGGUGAGUAAGAUGGUGGAGAAUGCAGUGGCGUAUUUGGUCACGGAUUUUAUAUAUACGUCAUGGGCCAUGAGGGAGUGGGCGUGGAUGAGAGGAUAAAGGUGUUAGCUGCGACAUUUUACAGAACUAAGUGUCGUAAUAGGGAAAUUUAUGGAGGGAAUUGGGAGAAUGCGUUUACUGAGGGCUAUCGGAGUUUUAGGUUGAGGGAUUUAUGGGAUUUACGUGCAAUGUAAGGGGUCGCGGCGGGCUGGCUUCCCGAUGAGGACAGUGUGAAAGGGUUUAGUGUGGAAGAGAAUGAAUAUAGUACUGAGACAUAAGUGCCUUUGACUGUGUGAUGAGCGGGUUGUGUGUUGUGAACGAUACAAGUUCUUCAAUUUAAUUAUUAAUUAUGCUAAUGACAAAGGACGACAGACGUCGUAAUGUGAUGGAAUAUUAUAUAUCUGCAACGAAAUUAUUGGUAUGUGUGUAAUGAAAUGACAAAAUGGGUGCACUGUGUGAAUACGAAAUAUAUAUAUACACAUGAAGUAUUGCGUGUGGUAGGAAGGCUUCAGUAUUUAUCGACGUGUGAAGGUCAUGCACUGUUAUGUUUUGUGCUAACAGACUUACAUCUUAGUAGUGGUUUUAAUGAUAUGGGCGAAAUAUUUUUAGAAAGCUUGACUUAUCCUGUUUUCUUAAUACAUAUUAUUUUUUCAUGGGAGCUCUAUAGAGCCCGUAGGUUUAGGUUACCAUUGAAUUGAUAUAUAUUAUAGGGUAAUUGAUGGAUGACAUAGGAUUAGGUUUUUGUGUUUUCACUGGUUGUGUUGUAAAGUGUAUGUAACAUAUGUAUAUAUUUAUACCUUCCUGGAGAAGGUGAUAUGUUUGGGUGUUUAGUAGAUAUACGUUGUACAUGAAUCAUGUAGAAUUGAAUUUUAUAUUAUAUCAAUACAUUGAGUGAUACUGAACGUAUCUUGUUGUUUAAUAUGGAAUAAUGAAAGUAUUUCAUACAAUAUACAGUUACAUAUAAAGAUUGUUACGUGUCAGGUGGAUUGACAUGCAAGAAGGGGGGGGGUAGUGUUUUCAGAAUGUAAGGUGUACAUUCCGUGGCAGGAUGUACAAUCAGGAAUUAGAUGUACUUGCCAAGGAGUCUUUAGGUUAGAUUUAGUGUUCCAGACAUAAUGUCAUUACUUCAAGGAUUGGAGCGGUCAUUGUUUACUGUACAGAUUUGUCUUUCAGAUGUAAUAUGUUAAUUGGAAAGUACAUGUACUAUGCAGAAUUUUUCAUCACUGUUUUCACUAU